UGUCAUAUACAUAGUACACAAUUUUAAGUGAAGGUAGAGAUAUUAGUCACACCUCGUCUGUGUAUUAAUUCAAAACGAGCGCCUUGUUAGGAUAGACGGUCAUAUCGAUAUUAUCGACGUAACAGUCCUAACCAAUCUGAUGUAAAUACAUUCACGUAUACAUUUUAUAGCUUUAUGAUCAAGCUUAUGAUAGAUCAGAGCCCGAUUAACAUAAUCUUUGAUAGUAUCAGAGGGGUGAUCCGCGGGAAAGGCUUUUAUUUAUUGGUAUUUGAGUAAUGAGCAUCUGGUACCUACGGACGCCAUUUUCGCUGCUAGCAUCGGCCACGUCCUAACUUGAUGGCAGGAGAUUUGGAUCCAUUAAUGUGUUGUUAUCAUCGAGCCCUGUGUUAUUGAAUAUUGUGUGAAGGAAAACGAAGUUGUACAGUGAAAAAUGCCUCUCAGGUUAGACAUCAAGCGAAAGCUAACUGCUCGAUCAGACAGAGUAAAAAGUGUCGAUCUUCACCCUACCGAACCAUGGAUGCUAUGUUCAUUAUAUCAGGGAAAUGUUAACAUUUGGAAUCAUGAAACUCAAACAUUGGUCAAGACUUUUGAAGUAUGUGACCAGCCUAUCCGUACAGCCAAGUUUGUGCCACGCAAAAAUUGGGUUGUCACUGGCUCAGAUGACAUGCAGAUCAGAGUUUUUAAUUAUAACACUUUAGAGCGUGUGCAUUCUUUUGAAGCACAUAGCGAUUAUGUUAGAUGUAUAGCAGUACAUCCAACACAACCAUUUAUAUUAACUAGUAGUGAUGAUAUGUUGAUCAAAUUGUGGAAUUGGGAAAAAGCUUGGAUAGGACAACAAGUUUUCGAGGGGCACAAUCAUUAUGUCAUGCAAAUUGUGUUCAAUCCCAAGGAUAAUAAUACAUUUGCUAGUGCCUCGUUGGAUAAAACAGUGAAAGUAUGGCAACUUGGUUCUUCUACUGCCAAUUUCACGUUAGAGGGCCACGAGAAAGGUGUUAAUUGUGUAGAUUACUACCACGGCGGCGAUAAACCGUAUUUAAUAUCCGGAGCUGAUGAUAAAUAUGUCAAAAUAUGGGACUAUCAAAAUAAAACUUGUGUGCAAACGCUGGAAGGUCACACGCAAAAUAUUUCGGCAGUCUAUUUUCAUCCAGAAUUACCGAUCAUUCUUACCGGUUCGGAAGAUGGAACCGUCAGAAUAUGGCACGCAGGAACGUAUAGAUUAGAAUCUUCCAUAAACUAUGGGUUUGAAAGAGUGUGGACAAUUGCUUGUCUACGAGGCUCGAAUAAUGUUGCGAUCGGAUAUGACGAGGGUAGCGUGAUGGUAAAAGUUGGUAGGGAGGAACCGGCGGUUUCAAUGGAUUCGAUGGGUGGUAAAAUUGUGUGGGCGAAACAUAGUGAAAUACAGCAAGUAAAUUUAAAGACCCUAGGAGAGGAAGCACAAGACGGAGAACGGUUACCGCUGGCAGUGAAAGAUAUGGGUGCCUGUGAAAUUUACCCGCAAACUAUUCAACACAAUCCCAAUGGAAGAUUUUUAGUAGUUUGCGGAGACGGAGAAUAUAUUAUUUAUACGUCCAUGGCACUAAGAAAUAAAGCCUUUGGUCAGGCAUCAGAAUUUGUGUGGGCAGCAGAUUCUAGCCAAUAUGCUGUCAGAGAAAGUAACACCACCAUAAAGGUUUUCAAGAAUUUCAAGGAGAAAAAAAGUUUUAAGCCCGACUUUGGCGCUGAUGGAAUCUUUGGUGGAUUCUUAUUGGGAGUAUCUUCCGGAUCUGGUCUAUCCUUCUUUGAUUGGGACAUGUUAAAGUUAGUUCGCCGCAUAGAUAUUCAGCCAACGCACGUUUAUUGGGCAGAAAACGCUUCUCUAGUAGCAUUAACCACGGCUGAUCAAUACUUCAUUUUAAAGUAUCACACUGAUGCUGUUGCGAAUGUUCCGGAAAACUCAGAAGAUAUCGAGAACGCAUUCGAGAUGGUAGCCGAAAUGAGCGAAAUAGUGAAAACUGGUCUUUGGGUCGGCGAUUGUUUCAUUUACACGAACAGCGUUAAUCGGGUGAACUACUUCGUUGGCGGUGAAGUCGUGACCGUCUCGCAUUUAGACAGACCGAUGUACCUGCUUGGAUACGUACCCAGAGACAACAGAUUGUAUUUGUGCGACAAGGAGCUGUCAGUUGUCUCUUAUUCAUUAUUACUUUCGGUAUUAGAAUAUCAAACAGCUGUUAUGCGAAAGGACUUUGAAACAGCAGACAGAGUUCUACCUACGGUUCCGAAGGAACAUCGAACCAGAGUCGCCCACUUCCUCGAAAAACAGGGUUUCAAAGAACAAGCGUUAGCGGUUUCAACAGACCCAGAGCACAGGUUUGAAUUGGCUUUGGCAUUAGGAGAUCUCGUUACGGCGCACACACUUGCCAAAGAAGCCAAUAGCCAACAGAAAUGGCGGCAAUUGGCGUCUCUCGCAACACAGAGAGGUAAAUUGUGCCUUGCGCAGGAGUGCUUGCAUCAAGCUCAAGAUUUCGGAGGACUUCUUUUGCUUGCUACCAGCACCGGAAAUGCGAACAUGAUCGAGAAACUUGGCACGGACGCGGACAAUACAGGCAAGAACAAUAUUUCGUUCUUGUCCUACUUUAUUCUCGGAGAUCUUGACAAAUGUUUGGACAUUCUCAUCAAGACGGAUAGGAUUCCCGAGGCUGCGUUCUUUGCGAAAACAUAUGCGCCUAGUAAAAUCUCGUCGAUCGUUAAAUUGUGGAAGGAAAAGUUGUCAGCAGUGAGCGAGAAGGCUGGACAAAGUCUAGCCGAUCCUGAACAGUAUGAAAAUUUGUUUCCCGGCUACAGCGAAGCUUUGAAAGUCGAACAGUUCCUGAGAGACGAAGCCAAAAAGAAGAUUCCCGCAUCUGGGUUCCCAACGGUGCAACUCAGUACAGAACGAAAACCAUUGGAGGAAAUGUUAGCAGCCGAACAGACGAAUCGAUUCACUUACAAAGCAAGCGUCAAUACCAACAGCGAACCGAAAAUACCAUCGUCCGAGGUUCUGGUGGACAGGUUAUUAGAUCUGGAUAUCAGCAAGGUAAUUCCUCCAUCUACCGAAAAUACGGCUGCACCUGAAAAAACGACUAAGACCAUCAGCAGCAGCUCCAGGCCACUCACGGUGGACGACGAUGAUUUCGACCUCGAUCUUGAAAUUGACGACACCAUAGACACUACUGGUGUGAAUCUUGACGACGAUCUCCUCGAGGAAGAUUAGCCCUUCGAUUGGAAGGCGAGCAGCGUGUGCGUCGUACGUGCAAUUUCCAUUCUCCUUCCGUCAGUCAUUCCCCGCGAGUUGAUCGGAGCCGUUUAGAAUCAAGUAUUACCGUUGAAGGACAUUUUUUGUGCGCGAGUGUUUUUAUCAACGCAUUCAAAUAAGAAUAUUACGUAACCUGUACACGCGGACUUUACACGUGUACCGAAGAUUAAAUAUAUUGUUAAUAUAACAGAAUGGUACAAUAAGUUUUAAUCUCUGUCACUUCCUUUCACAGCCAGACCCAUCGUUAAAGGACAUCUAUGUACGAUAAGAUUUUUAUGGACUUGUCUGAGAAAGUAAUGCAACAUGUAGGCGAGAACUUCACUCGUGCAACCA